CAACUUCCUAUUGUUGCUCAAGUCAUCUUCGUCACUCCACGUCUACGACAGUACGACAGCGCAAGGACUGCAAGACGUUGUCAGACAUGCCAGACACCAUUUCGGCUAUUGUCUUCUCUGUCAAGCUGUGCUGGGCCUAUCCAUGGCUGUUGCCGACUCUGCUCGUCGCUGGGUACAUCUCGUACAAGGCGCUCGGGCGGCGGUGGCGGCUCAACCGCCAGAUAGCGGCACACAGGCUUGAGGUGCGCCGCCGCGCCGGCAUUCCCGACAGCGAUAAGCGGCCUUGGCUGGUCGCGCGUCCCGCCGCCGAGUUGAGGCGGCGUGAGAAGGCGAAGGAACUGGCCGAGGCUAGGGCGCGCGCCGAAGCCGAAGCGGCGGCGAAGCAGCAGCUCGAGGAGAAACGUGACGAGGUCGACAAGUGGGGCCACCGCAUGGCCGACCACCUGCACCGCAUGCAGUCGAGUGGCAAGCCGACGCCGCGUCGCUCGACUCGCCUAGGCCUGAACGACAUGGCGUCGUCUGAUGAUGCGACGGGCGAGAUCCUCCCGCCAAAGCUGUAUACGUCGGCAGCCCGCCCUUCGACCCUGCUUACCCCGCGUACAGACCGCCGGCCAUCGGGUCGCCCGCGUCAGCCGUCGACUCGCAAGUCCCGUGUCAAGAAGCGCGGGCGUGGUGACUCCUCUGAGGGAGACGAGGACGAGGAGGAGCACGACGAGCGCGCUAGUCGGCAGAGGCGGGCACCUCGUAGGUCGAAGGGUGCUCACAACGCCAUGAUGCUCGACGAAGAACCCAGAGGCAGCAAGCGCUCGCACGAUGACGAGGAGAAACCUCGCAAGCGCCGCCGGUGGUCUAUGCCAGGCUCGCUGUCGCUGGAGAGCGAGGAGGACGACGAGAUGCACGAGCAGAUGGACACAGAGGGGAGCGAGAGCUUCAGUGAUAGCGCACCUGAGAGUGAGCCCGAGAUCAAAACCGAACGAAUGGACACGGACGACCUACCGACCACCACGCCGUCUCGGACGACACCUGGCAUGUCGCCGGCGCCUCCGCUACUCACGCCGGCUAGGCUGCUCAAUGCGGGUGCGCCAGACGAUGUGCCGUUCUACGGCGCCGCCGCGCCCGACCUUUCGUCCGCACGGCGACGUACUGACGCUGCCGGUGUCAGGUGGCUGGUAACGCCCGGAGUCGAGUACCGGCAGGCGGAAAUACGCAUCCCCGUACGGAAGUACCGCAUGCCGCGCGACAGCGAGCACCCCGACGCGCUGAAGGGCACGUAUGCGAACACGACGGUCUGGAUCACGGAGGAGAUGUACGAGGCGCUCAAGGCUAACCGCCGCCUGACGUGGCAGGAGCGUGAGCCGUCGCCGGAGCCCAUGGUUGUGGAGAAGCGCGAGAUCAAGUUAGCUGGCACGCCCCGCGUGCCUGGUCGCAUCGGUAUCCAACCGCGUCUGUCAUCGCGCCCCGACUCGCCAUACCUCACUUCACCGCGAGAGUCACGCUACAACUCUCCCAUCCCGCGGCGUAAUCUUAGUGAGGCCGGCCGCCAGCGCCGGCACGACGAGAUGCUCGCCAAGGUCGCGCAAAUCCUAGGCACGUCGCGGUACGCGACGGCGACCCCGGAAGAGGAGCACCCAGCACCCGAGGACAAGGGCAAGGGCAAGGCGUCGCUAUUCGCCUCGACGCCAGCCACGAGCUCGCCUCUUAAGGCGAGCACUGUGCCCGAGUCUGCGCCGGAAAAAAACGAGCCAAAACCGUUCUCGUUCGGCUCAACUUCCACCGCGCCUUCCGCCGAGAAGGAGGCAUCCAAACCAUUCUCGUUUGGCUCGACAACCAGUUCUGCGCCUGCGCCUGCGUCUGCCGAGCAGAAAGACAUGGCCAAGCCGUUCUCGUUCGGCUCCACACCCAGCUCAACCUCUGCGCCUGCCGAGAAGGACACGGCCAAGCCAUUUUCGUUCGGCCCAGGCGCGCCCAAGACUGACGCGAAGGCGUCGAGCCCGCUCUCCCUCGGCGCCACCUCCACCCCGACAGCCGAGAAGACCGAGCCCGCCAAGUCAUUCUCCUUUGGCCUCUCGGCUCCCGCACCUGCCAAGACGGACGCGGCGAAGCCUUUCUCUUUCGACACCACUGCCACUUCCGCCCCCGCGGAGACACCGUCCCUCAGCAACAAGCCAGGCUUUAGCUUCACCUCAGCGCCCGCGGACAAGCCCUCUGAGGCUCCCAAGUCGGGGUUUUCCUUCGGCCCUCCCGCCGCUGCCAAGCCCGCCGAGCUCAAAGCGAGCUUCUCCUUUGGCGCUCCGGCUGGCGCCCCGGCCGCUCCCGCUGCUGCACCCGACAAGCCCUCGACAAGCCUUUUCGGCGGCGCCUCUGCCCUGGCGCCAGCCGCGACACCGGCCCUCGGCACUGGCAAGUCCAAUUUCAGCUUCGGCUCGUCUUCCGCUGCGCCCGCCGAGACGCCGGCUCUCGGCACCGCUAAGAACGGCUUCUCUUUUGGCAAUGCGACCACACCCGCCGAGACACCUGCGCUCGGCGCCGGUACCUCUGGCUUCUCGUUUGGCGCCACCGCCUCCUCCUCCACCGCUGAGUCUCCUGCACCCAUCGCUGGCAAAUCCUCUUUCUCUUUUGGAAAGGCUUCCACGACUCCAGCUGAUACCCCUGCCCUAGGCGCCGGCAAGUCCGGCUUCUCCUUCGGCGCUCCCUCCACCACUCCCGCCGACGCUCCGGCCGAGACACCCGCUCUCGGUACUGGUAGCUCGGGCUUCUCCUUCGGCGCGCCGUCUGCGCCAUCCGCACCAUCCGCGCCCAAGGCCAGCUUCUCCUUCGGCGCUUCAUCCACCCCGACGAUGUCUCCUGCCCCUGCCCCCCCUGCCUCAGGCUCCUUGACCUUUGGCCAGGCGAAUCCCACACCGGCCCCAGCGUCGACAUUCAGCUUCGGCUCUGGCACCGGCUCGGCGCCAUCCUCCGGCGACAAGCCUGCGUUCAACUUUGGCUCGGCCUCCGGCUCAGCGCCGACGUCGGCCAACCAGCCCGCAUUCAGCUUCAGCUCGGCCUCGACAACGCCAAGCCCCGCCGCAGGCUCCGGCUUCUCCUUUGGAUCGGCGGCCCCCGCGGUCUCGACCUUCUCCCUCGGCUCCAAUACCAGCUCACCCGCGGCUGGCGGGUUUAACUUCGGCUCGGGCGACCGCUCCAUCAAGCCACUGCGUAGGGCGCCCAAGUGACCUCACUGAUGUACUAUAUAUACAGUAUGCGACGAUGAAGAUCGCGUAGGCCGCGACUGUCGACUGACGCACCGCUCGCGGACCGACGUCCCUCACCCGGGCGCCGGCCGACCCGCCGCGCGGGGAGCGUAGAGCAACUGCACCACAAAGGACUUGGGGGGCUGAGGCGUGCCCCUACGAGUAGUAUAAGGUGCAGACACGACUUGACGGGGCAGGGGCUGUCGAUUGUAGAUGCACGGACGUGGAGGUUAGUGUCACAGAAAGAAGUGAGUGCGAGGUGGCGCUCUCAUGAAUGGGGCGCCCGGGGUUUAGUAGAUCAGGAGGGCGCACUGCACGCAACAUGUGCUGAGAGGAUCAACAAUGUACAUGCCUGUAGUCUCUUCCAUUC